AUGGCAAACCAAACCAAUCAAUCAUUGAAAAGUAAUAAUCCUUCGUCAGUGCCUCCGCCACCACCUUCAACGACCACGUCCACGGCGGCCGCCACAACCAUGACCAAAGAUUCCCGCUCCCAUCGAUCGUCACUGUACGAUCGAUCGCAUCCGGUUGCGUCACGGCCAGCAUCAUUGCCGACGGUCUCAGCGUACUCAGCCCCAUUGCCGGGCACCGCCAUGAGUUCGCGACCUUCGCGAAGUGUCACACGCCCGGUGGGUGUGGGAUCGAACCCGUUCGCCUCCCAGACGGCGGGUAUGCGCGUGUUCAAGAAGUGCAAAAGCGCCACGUUUCAGAUCGAUGGACACACCUACACCAUAGUCGCUAGCUCACCAGAGAAUAAGUUUACCAAAGAUGAUAUAACGCUCGCCGGUGCUGGCCCGGGGCGCGAACAGUUGCCCUGCUGCGAUCCGGCCACGUGUCCAGGCCCAGGUCCCACAACCAGCUACGGAGCGUGCGGAUCUACCGCACCAAUCGGAUCGGUACCGCCGGCCGGUAUCACGUCGGGUGCAACGGGCAGCGGCGUCAGUGGUUCCGCAUUGUCGCAAAACCACCAGCAGCAACAAUCAUCAUCAUCAUCAACUCAGCAGCAACAGCAACAACAGCAGUCCUCUGGCAGCUGCUAUCCGUAUCAUCAUCACUUUCAUCACCACCACCAUCACCAUCAUUGCCAUCAGCUAGUGCGAGCGGAUUGUCACUCACGGAACGGACAGAUAGCAAAACAGGGUAGCCUUACGAUCGUUCGGCGAACCAAUAGCAGAAAAAAUACCAACGUCCAGCAGCAGCUCCAGUAUCAGGAAGCGUUGGACGAGUCGGAGUACCAGCCGCCAUACGGUAACGACUCUGGUGCCGAGGGUAGUGGUGGUGGCAGAGGUGGAGGGGGAAGUGGUGGUGGCGGUGGCGGUUCGGAGGCCGAAGGGUACGGUCAGCAGUAUCCGCCCCUGUCCGAGUCGGAACUCGCCUUCGUCAACAGCCAGCUAAGUCGGGAGCUCGAGAGCAUGCAACCGACGUCCGGGACCGUUAGUGUCGUCGCGAACCGUACCGAAUCGACGACCGGGGAUGAGCUGGACAAUGUGGACCUAGCGACGGACAACCUGCCGGCUGUCGAUACACCAGAUGCAUGUGAUAAGGCCGCAGUCAGACUACGAUGUCUGCUGCGGCAACUGCAGCGCGGCGAAAUUUCCGCCGAGCUGCUGCAGAAAAACCUUCAUUACGCCGCGCGCGUACUUGAAGCCGUUUUUAUCGACGAGACAAAUCAGGAUGGUGGUACCGGAGGAGGCAGCGGUGGUGGUGGUGGUGGUGGUGGUGGCCCGGGUGCUAACAACGCUGGUGGCGGUAGUGGUAGUGGUACAGACGGCACCAGCAAUACACCGAAUGUCAACGCGAGCAGCAAGGAGCCGCACCGGGGGUCAACAACGUCCGCUCCGCCAACGCACGGUGGUCCCACGGGGCCACCGGUCAACAAAGGUGUCAUACAGAGGCGUCGCUUACGGGCUCCAGUGUGGGCUCGGUCCAUGCGCCUGGCGGAUGAAGACGAUGAACUGUCGGAGGUGCAGCCGGACGCGGUACCACCGGAGGUGCGGGAAUGGUUGGCGUCCACCUUCACCCGGCAGCUCGCAACGACGCGGAAGAAGUCGGACGAGAAGCCCAAGUUCCGCUCGGUGGCGCACGCCAUCCGGGCCGGCAUCUUUGUCGAUCGGAUCUAUCGGCGCGUUUCCAGCACCGCUCUGAUGCAAUUUCCGCCCGAAGUCGUACGCGUGCUAAAGACUCUUGACGAUUGGUCAUUCGAUGUGUUUGCGUUGGCCGAGGCCGGUAACUGUCAGCCGGUCAAGUAUCUUGGUUACGAUCUGCUGAACCGGUACGGCAUGAUACACAAGUUCAAGGUACCGCCGGCCACACUCGAAACCUUCCUGACGCGCAUCGAGGAAGGCUACUGCCGGUUCCGGAACCCGUACCACAACAACCUGCAUGCAGCCGAUGUCGCACAAACCGUACACCACGUGCUCUGCCAGACCGGCCUGAUGCACUGGCUGACGGAUCUGGAAAUAUUCGCCACGCUGCUGGCAGCGCUUAUCCACGACUACGAGCACACGGGGACAACCAACAACUUCCACGUUAUGUCCGGCUCGGACACGGCCAUGCUGUACAAUGAUCGGGCCGUGCUGGAAAACCACCACAUCAGUGCGGCGUUCCGCGUGCUCAAGGAGGACGACUGCAACGUGCUGCAGAACCUGUCGCGGGACGAGUACCGCGAGCUCCGCACGCUCAUCAUCGAUAUGGUCCUGGCGACCGACAUGUCCUUCCACUUUCAGCAGCUGAAGAACAUGCGCAACCUGCUGACGCUGGCCGAACCGCAGGUGGACAAAUCGAAGGCCCUCUCGCUGGUGCUGCACUGUUGUGAUAUUUCGCACCCGGCCAAACGCUGGGACAUCCAUCACAAGUGGACGAUGCUGCUGCUGGAGGAGUUCUUCCGCCAGGGCGAUCUCGAGCGAGAGCUCGGCCUACCGUUCAGCCCGCUCUGCGACAGAAACAACACGCUCGUGGCCGAAUCGCAGAUCGGUUUUAUCGAAUUUAUCGUCGAGCCGAGCAUGACCGUCUGUGCGGAUAUGCUCGAGAUCGUACUCGCACCGAUCGCACCGAUCACCUGUAACGCAUCGAGCAGUGCCGGUGCGACGGCACCCGGCAGCAGUAGCAGUAGUGGCGGCGGUGGUGCGGCCAACAAUACGUCUAGUAGUAAUAGUAGCAACAAUAAUAAUAAUAAUAACAACAACAACAAUAAUAUUAAUAGUAAUACCAACGUCAACAAUAAUAGUAGCAUUAAAAGUACUACCAAUACUCUUAGCGUACCGAACAACAAUACGAACAACAAUGAAGCAAUAAGUAGUGGAGCGGAGGGCAAGGGUGGCGGUGCCGAGGCGGGCCAGGGUGCCGGUAGCGGGGGCACCACCGCGACGAAGAACGGCAGUGCCGAUCCGAACGAGAAGCCGAACCGCUUCAAAAUACGCAAACCCUGGACGACCUGUCUGGCGGAGAAUAAGAAAAUCUGGAAGGAACAAGCCGUCCGUGAUGCGGAAGCAAGGGCUGCAGCAGCAGCGGCAGAAGCGGCCGCAGCAGCAGCCGCAGCAGAAACUAACGAAUCUUCCGAUGGACAAAUCACGGCUGAUGGUGGCACCGAAGAGCCAAAGCCAGACGAAGCGGACACAACCUAAAGAGGAGCGGAGAAAUCCUGGCGAAUGCGCAUUGAGGCGCAUUACAGUAGCAAGUAUUUUUACGGGAAAGCCACACACACACACUAACCCACAGCAGAGACGCAGAGUGGAGUUGGUAGAGUGGGCCAGAAGGUGACAAGAAUAGAAAACUAUAGUAAAAGAGAGAAAAAAAAACAACCUACAACAAGAUGAUAGUAACUUUAAAACAAACUUUAUUAAGCGUGCAAAGAGAUGCGUAGAGAGGAACGCUAAAAGUAGUGGCUAUACUGAUCGACAGUGUGAUGAUCAGUAAUGAAGCACGCACGCGGUUGGACAAGGUAAAUAAUGGAACAAACAAAGCAGUUGAAUAUUUAUUGGUACUGAAUAAAACAAAAACCCAAAUCACCAUCAGCAUGUUGUGUUAGUAGUACACUUUAGCCAACCACCUGGCAAAUGGGGGCCAGGUUUUCGAGAAGAUCAGUCCUGCAAAUCGCUGAUUACAUUACAAAGCAAACUGUGUGCUCUAGGCCCGGGUUAGGCAAUUGGAUCCGAACACACACUAGCGGCGAUAUGCAAGCAAUCAGAAAUCAGAACAAAACAUAUAUUUACAAAACACUCCCCCGCGCGAAAAAAAACCGCUCUAUUUCUUACAGCUUACAAGAGUUACACAACUUCGGUCGAUCAUCAAGACACGCGCACACAUUGAUUAGUAAUGAUGAAAGAAUCUUAAGGCACGAGCUCACCACAUCCAGUCUCGAUCACCAUUAUUAGCAUAUUCAGAAUACUACUUAGCCUGCUCGUUAGCAGAGCAAAACGCGCGGUAGCAAAAAAAGCACAGAUUUGAUAGAGACAAAAUGACUUCUUCUAGCGCUACCUGACGAGUUGUUAACGAAAGUAAUAAAACCAGCUAUUGCGGAUCAAAACGAAUGCAGAGCAUGGUGUAAAACAUUUACAUUUAUUUGAUCAGAUUCUUUUUUUCUUUUUGCUGCUUAAAAAAACAACCAACUGAUUCUUGACAAUCAGCAAACUGCAAAACAUCGAGUCAGCGUUAGCGAAUUUCUUUACGCUUCUUUUUAAGCAAGAGAUUAAUAAAAACUCUGACCAUUUUUGUUAUCUCAACUUACAUUAAAUACAAUAGGAUGAAACUUUUGCACCCAUAAUUGACAUAAUAGAUCGAUAAUAAUAAUAAUGGCACUGAUUAUUGUAACGUUGCUUCCUUCCGUAUCUUCACCCAAACCCAGCGCUCGGUUUUCCGAAAUGUUUCCACCCAAUAAUAGGCACUCUCACGCGCUUUAAUUAAGUCUGCAAAUUAGUGCUCAAACUGCCAGUCAGUUCUCACUUUUUUCGUAGUUUUUCCAUAACAAAAAGGUUCGCUCCAACACGAAACAUGAGGGACUCACAUUUCCCUCUGCAAGGGGACCUCUCCAGGUUAUUAAUUAUUACCCAUUAAACAGCCACAGUUAAUAAUGAUCUGGAAAUGGGAAGUAAUUGGUUUAAGCAAAGGGGGAGCACGAACACGUAAAAACCUUUAUGCUUUAUGAAAUGGAUGGAUUAAUGCAUGGCUUUAUUGUGUUGCUUUAAAAUCAUGCACUCGUACACAAUUUCACCCAGACGUAUGAAACAAAAGGAUAUUGUUGUUAAAAAGAAGUACUAAAACCCUAGUGGUAUAAUAGAAACCCGUUUAAUGAACAAUUUUUAAUACAAAUUAAGCGAAGUGCGCUAUUUUCGGUAGAAUUUUUUAAAACAUUCUUUUGAUACCACUAUACCAGCAGAUGGAACGCAACCCCGCCACCCACGAUUAAAUCCGAUCUACCAAAAAGCGGUAAAUUGUUUAACAAAACUGAUUGUUUUUAUAUUUUUAACACACAUUUCCAACCAGUAUACAACUUGCCUAUCCGUCACAAUAAAAGUAUAUUUUUUAUAUAAAAUCAAACUAUUAACAAGAAGUAUCCUUUCGGACUUUGGUAUUUUGUAGUAAAAUAGCUUUGUAUCAAAAAAAACAAAACAAAAAACCGUCGUACUGCAGCAGCUCCAUAAUAAUCUUUAGAAAGAGCGAAACGAGGUUGAGUUUGCAGAUAGACAUCAACCUCGGAACACUUAGACAAGAAGCAACUCAUUCACAAAACACAGCAGAAAAGAAACUUCCCCCCAAAUCGAAUUCGAACGGCCUUCUAAUGCUAACUCUAAAACCUGUGUUUGUUAGGAAACGAUUAUCACCUCAGCUUUCACCUAAAAUGAUCCACAACACGGCUAGGAAUACUCAAUAUUCUAGCUACUUAAAUCGUGUACACACCGCCAAUGGUUGGGAUGAAGAUUUAAAUCUGUUAUCGGUUUGGUGCAGAGAGUUUACUCCACAUUGAGAUCUUCGCAGCUAAUACUGCUAACAAAGUAAUGUGCAAAACUAAAGAGAAUUUAUCCACCUAAUUGUUACGAUACCCAGCUGUUAUCCAAUUGUUACUAGGUAGCCAACAAAACUCUUCGACUUACGGUUUUACAACAUUGUUUCACACGUUCCUCUCUUUGCUGAUCUUUAAAAGAAUAUAUGAAACGAAACGAGUUCGGAGGAGAUAGAAGAUGUUCUUAUAUAAAAAAGAAGCACAAAACUGAACACAAAACUGAGAGACAAAGAAAAACAAACGAAAACACAAACACACACGCAAGCAAACAAGAAACGAGGAGAAUAAAAAUAAUUAACGUACGAACUCAUAAUUAUCUACUGUUCAUAAAAAUGAGAUGAAAUAAUUGCAAAUCUUGCAAUCACACACAGGCCAACAAAUACAAACAUACCGAAGCGUAAUCAUGGCAACAUGCUUGAGCUCCUGUGUAAGAUUAGUGCGAUAGACUUAAGCGGAAUUCCUAGCAUGACUCCGAAGGCAUGCUAGAAAUUGGGAAUCUUUCCCGAAUUCAAGAACGUCACUUGUUUUAUUUUUUUUCUUGGUUUGUAUGGUUUGCGAGUUAAUGUAGAAAAAGAACCACUGGUAGAUUAUUCAAACAAAUGUUAUAAAAGUGUUGUUAUCAUUUCGCUGUUGUCCUCCAAGAUGAAGGAUUUUGUUGAUAAUAGUGAUACCCAGAAUUAAACAAAAAAACAAAGAGCCUAUAACCUAAUUUCCUCGGAAAAGAACACGACCAGCAUGGGGGCCUAAAUCAUUUGAACAAUAUUCGUCCGACCAAUGCAAGAUUAGACUUUAGCUGACCUGACCUUUCUUCCUAGACGAACUCCGCGAGACACGCCACAACCUCCGUCAGCAACCUCCCAGUUAAUGAGCAUCAUCCAACACAGGGCCAUGCUGUGAGGUGUCCAUUGCUAGCGAAACUAAACGUAGCACACAUUUGCGUCUGUGAUACACACGAAUCUCUGCUGUCUGCUGUCUGUUGAAUGAAUUUUCGACCGAUCAUCAAGCGACAUCACCACCACCUUAUCAUAUACACCCCGAUGAUCGUUUGAACCGUGUCCGUCUCCCGUUUUUUUUGUUGUUGCGUUUAUUCAAAUAUAAACACAACAUGUCCGCCUGCUGAUUUGUUUACUUUUCUUCUUUUCGUUUUAUGCUAAAUUCGCUUCGCAUUGAAGUUUGUUUUACAUUAAUUCUGUCUGGAUUGACGGUGACGGUGAGGCAACCGGUGCGAGACCUAGACCUCACUAUCAAUCUGCUACAAAAGAAGCAGAUUGUAACACAAGCCACAUAAACGAAAAAAAAACUUCUAAGAAAUCACACUUGUUUGACGAUUACGGCCUACGUACACCCAAGGGGUUUCUAAUCGAAAAUGGCCAGGAAGCGCUUUUGAGAGAAGAUGGUACACCCCAUGGAGAUGAACUGGCGUAUUUAAAUGGAAUUGACACGUAGCCAUUACAUCACAGUUGCGUCCCGUGUGUCGAUCAGUGAGGAUCACUACCACAACUGCUUUUCUGCCCGCGUUAUCAUUCAAACGGU